GUCAGCUGUUAUUUGCGAACCGCCCGCGAAUCGCGAUUGCAUCCGGAGUUAGGAUGCGGAAUUUUAUCCGAUCCUACUGAGCCUCCAGUUCCUGCCAACGAUGUCUGUGCGGCUUUGGCUUCGGAGCUUCCACAUCUAUGAUCUGCUCCUCUCCAUCGGCCUGAUUACGCUUAUUGUUUACCUGUGUCUACCCUUCCGGUUCGCAUCCCAUUAUGAUUACAUUGAAGGAGCGAAGAUCGAGGAGGCUCUUUUGCCUCAAGUUACCCGGAACGUAUCCUUGCAGGAGGUGUUCGAGUGCACUUACACGGAGAUUAUUUCGGAGAACAGGUUCGUCUACAACCUGGCCCACUACCAUGAGGCAAUGCAGCGAGGCGUGCGCCCCGGUGGUGAGUUCCGGCCGGAGGGAUGUCAGGCUCGCUACAGCACUGCCAUUAUUGUGCCAUACAGGCAGCGUGAGGAGCAGCUCCAUGCCUUCCUCACAUACAUGCACAAUUACCUGCCGCAGCAGCUGAUCCACUAUCGGAUUUUCCUUGUCGAGCAGUUCGACCACAAACCCUUCAACAGGGCGAUGCUCUUCAACAUUGGCGCCCAGGUGGCUGCGGAGUAUGGAUUCCCUUGCCUGAUCCUCCACGACGUGGAUCUGCUGCCCCUUAAUUCGGGUCAGAUAUACGCAUGUACGGAUCGGCCGCGGCACAUGUGCUCCGCACUGGAUCACUGGAGAUUCCGGCUGCCCUAUCGAGGUCUCUUUGGCGGCGUGGUGGCCAUUAACACAGCCCAGUUUCAGCAAAUCAAUGGAAUGUCAAACUUAUACCAUGGCUGGGGCGGGGAGGACGAUGAUCUCUACGAGCGCCUGCAGGCCCUGAACAUUGAUAUCUGUCGAUUUGCGAUGGAGUUCAGUGAGUACACCAUGCUGAAGCACAAGCCGGAACGGCCCAACGCCAACCGGGUGGCGCUCCUGCGGUCGGCGACUCUGCGCCAGCACUCGGAUGGACUCAACUCGCUGGUCUACAAGGAGGUAGAGCGACGAAUGCACAGCCUAUUUACGCACAUCCUGGUGGAGACAUGAGUGCCAGUAUUUGUUAUAUUUAGCUUGUAGGCCAAUCGUUUUCGAAGCCCAACUGCGGGUUUUGUUAGUCGGUAAUUCGAAUUGUUUUAGACUUGGGUGCACUUAGCUUAGCAACCGAUUAGCAGCCGCCUUAGACAAUGCGUUCCGAAUCGAUCGUGAUAUCUCACUCACUAGGCUAAGAAGAUGAAAAAGAUGGGAGGAGUCGAAGCUGAAAUUGAAGUACAAUUAGAAUGUCUCAGAUUAAACGGAUAUCGCCAAAGGUAAUAAUCAUAUUAAGCACGCUCUGCAUCUGCCAAUAAAAAAUGGAUUAAACUAUAAAA